GUUUGUAAACUUUUAUAUCCCCUUCGUACUCUCUCGGUUUUGUAGCUCUCUAUAAAUAUUUUCAGUGUUCCAAUUAAGGGACAAAAUUUCAGUCAUUUUGAGCCAAAAAAGAAAAAAAAAUUUGGAACCAAACAGAAAUAUGGGAAAUUCCUGUGAUUCUGCAAUUCCACCUGAUUUUGUUGUUUUGAUGUGAUUAUUUGAAAGAUUUUUUGACAAGAAGACUCAAGAAAUUAAAGACUGUUACUUUCCAAAACUAGUAUCUCACUGAAUUUUCUGUUCUCCAUUUAUCGUUUUGCCAUCUCUCUCAAUUCUUCGGUCUCUUUCUACAUUAAUUCCUGCAAAAAAAAAAAAAAAACCCAUCUUUCUUUCAUGGCCACCUUUACUCAGAGAUUAACCGCUGGUCUCAACAAAUCAUGUGUACUGCUCAUUGUGUUAGCAGGGCUGGAGAGAUUUGCAUUCAAAGGGGUGGCUUCCAAUUUGGUGACGUAUUUAACCGACGUUGCGAAAAUGAGCAAUUCAUCGGCGGCCAAAAUGGUGAAUAGUUGGUGCGGUUUUACUUCCAUGGUACCCCUUUUGGUAGCUCCCCUCGUCGAUUCCUACUGGGAUCGAUACUCCACCGUUCAAGCUGCUUCUUUACUCUAUGCCAUGGUAAUCAUCAUCGUCAUUAUUAGUCCUCCAAUUUUUCUUUCUCUCUUUCUGUUUUUGUUGGCUUAAUUUUCUUGUUCCGUGCACUCUUAGAUACUUUUUGUUGCUUGCUUAGUGUUAAUUACACUGGUUGCUGUCCUGAGGCCAAAUUUUGGACAUAUGUUAGUGGCAUUUGACGUACGAAAACAGGAAAAAAAAAAAAAAAAUCCUUUGGGAUAUUUGGAGAGUAAUUUUUACACUGAGGUGGUGAUAGCUAGGAUGAUGGAACCCCGAGUCAUUCUCCACUGCUUUUUCUUAGUGAAGUUCCCCUUUUAGUUUUUACUUACACUAGUCAAUUCUUAAUUAUUAGCAACGUAAAUUGUGAUCCAGCACUUAUGCUUUCUCUGUGAUCUGUUUAGUCUUCUUGAGGAUCAUCCCUUUUUCUGUCUCUGCUUUGCUCUGUGUUCCGUUGAUGCUUGAUGAAUUUUUCGGGUAUAAAAAUGUGGAUAAUAAUCUUUUUACGGUUUUCAGGGACUUAUAGUUCUAAUGUCGACGGCUAUAGGAUGGCCUUCAGCUGCAACGAGUAAAAUAAGCUCCUCCUCAUUCCUGCAAUUGUCGCUCUAUCUGAUCUCGCUUGGCCAAGGAGGAUAUAAUCCGUCCUUGCAAGCAUUUGGGGCGGAGCAAUUUGAAAACCAGGAGGAAUUGCCUAGCAGUAAAGCUGACCAGGGUUCUGAUCAAAAGAGGAUAUUCUUCCAAUGGUGGUAUUUUGGUGUUUGUUGUGGCAGUCUUCUUGGAGUCUCCAUCAUGUCCUAUAUCCAGGAUAACCUAGGAUGGGGAUUGGGCUUCGCCAUUCCCGCAGUCUCGUUUGUCGCAUCAAUUGCAAUUUUCGCAUGCGGGAACCGGUUUUAUGAGCGAAAGAGGAAGGCAAAGAGUGUUGAUAACAAGUUUUCAGAAAACCUCAUUGAAACUGUAAAAGCAUCUCUGUCUUGGAUAAUCAAGCGCAACAGUAACUCGGAUAGCUGCUCAAAGUUAGCUGAGCUAGAACUCGAGGAACAGCCACUGUGUAAAGAUCUUGCUGGAAAUGAAAGCUUGCAAAAGAGAUCGGAGGAUGGAAGCAAUCAUCUUCUUCAAAUUGCAAAAGCAGUCCUGCCCCUGCUGCCAGUUUGGACUAUGCUUCUAAUGUUUGCUGUGAUCUUUCAACAGCCUGCGACAUUCUUCACCAAACAAGGAAUGACAAUGAAGAGGAACAUCGGAAGCAAAUUCCAGAUCCCACCAGCAGCACUUCAAAGUGCAAUAACUAUCUCUAUAAUUCUUCUGAUGCCAUUGUACGACAUUUGCUUCAUCCCCUUGAUUCGGAUUGUCACACGGAAUGAUAGAGGUAUCAGUGUGAUGCAGAGAAUUGGAUUCGGGAUGUUUCUAUCCAUUGUAGCAAUGGUGAUUGCUGCUUUAACUGAGGAAAACAGGCUUCAGUUCUGUAGAAACAUGAAUUCCACUCCUGAUUCACCAUCAGGAACCGUACCUUUUAGCAUAUUUUGGCUGCUUCCGCAGUACAUUCUGCUUGGAAUCUCAGAUAUAUUCACGGUUGUUGGUAUGCAGGAGUUCUUCUUUAGUGAAGUUCCUCUUGGAAUGAGAACAAUGGGGAUCGCUCUUUAUACCAGUGUCUUCGGUGUAGGAAGCUUCUUAAGUGCUCUGCUUAUUACUCUUGUAGAGUACUUCACUAGUUCAAGUGAAAAAGAACAUGGUUGGUUCACUGAUGACAUGAGAAGUUCUCGUCUAGACAGAUACUACUGGCUGUUAGCUAUACUUAGUGGUUUAAGCUUCAUUGCAUUUGUGAUCUUCAGUAGGUUCUAUACUAGUAGAAGUUAAUCUUGGUCAAGGUAGCUGUAUGCAGUGGCAUUUGGACAUGUUACUUUGAACAGACUAGAUGUGUAUAGACGGCAUUGUUUUUCCUAGAGGAAGGAUCAAAAUACAGUUCCUUGUACAUUUGAUGGCUCACACAGUCCCUUAAAUUUUAAAACAAUGUUUUGAUAAUUUUCGAAGUGAUUUCUCUGGAAUGCCUUUAGCCACUUUGACCCCCUACCUUAGCAAAUGCUUGAGAACUGGAAUGGAAAAGGAAAAUCACAUGACCAGAUGUUAAAAAACUUGCUGGGAAACACCUUCAGCCCCUUCGAUCAGUCAGUCUCUCGAACGCUUGAGAAACUCAACUGCAGAAGUUUGCAAACUCAUGCAGUUUCAUGUUUUCCGAGGUUUCAUACGAGGACUAUGAGAAAAGAGAGUUGAGCCAAGCAGCUAGAAGAAUGAUAAUGCCAGCAAGGAGGCAAGGACAAUAGUUGUUGGUCUCAAGCCAUUUGCCGUUCUAUCAAAAGAGUCUUGACAUCAAUCAAUCACAUUUCAGCUCCUCCAUCACUAACACUAAAAAAUGGACGUUCAACAGUUCAAAAACGAAUUAUCACUGAAUUAUAGUCAAUCUCAAUCGUUUAUCAUCUACGAGGCUGAGCGCUGGAGAAGAAGACUGUCUCACCUGCUUCUAAGUUGUACAGUCAAAAUGCACUCCAAGAAGAAAGUUAAAGACAGCUCUUACUUGACAAAUGCUGCUGCUAUUGUGCAACUAAGAAUCCAAAAUUCCAAAUUUACAUUUAAACAGUAG